AUGGCUGCUGCUACAGCUACCAACGGCCACGCCGUAGCCUCCCCCAAAAUCACCCUCUACACCAACCACGGCUGUCCCUACGCGCACCGCGCCCACAUCACCCUCGAAGAACUCAAACUCCCCUACGAGGAAGUCCUCAUCGACCUGAACACCCCCCGGCCCCAAUGGUACCUGGACAUCAACCCGAGGGGCUUGGUCCCUUCGAUCAAGUAUUCGGUGGAGGGGGUGUAUGAUGAGGAGAUUGUCACGGAGAGUGCGGUUGUUGCGCAGUUUUUGAUGGAUAGUUUCCCCAGUCAUCUUUUGCCCGGGACGAGGGAGGCGCCGGGGGCGCCGUUGAGGCGUGCGCGCCUCAAUUUCUUCGUAGAUACCUGGAGCACGAAAGUCGGCUCGAACUGGUUCUCCAUCAUGCUGCUCGACGACGGGGCGGAGAAGGACGAGAAAGUCGAUGCGUGGGUCGCGACGAUUGAGAAGGAGUUGGAGCCUUUGCUCAAGGACGCGGAUCCGUUUUUUGGCGGCAGUAAAGAAUUCACCCUCGCCGAAGUCAUCGCGGCGCCCUUCGUGCUGCGCUUCUUCCUCAUCGCCGAGGACGGCGAGUUCCUGCCCAAGUCUCUGAUUUCGAAAUUGGAGAAGCUGCCGAAUUUCAGCAGGUGGGCGCAGGCUGUGAGGAGCCAUCCGAGUGCGCUGAAGACGUUUCCGCAGGAGGAGAUUCUGAGUGGGAUGAGGACUAGGAUGGCGAAGAUGAAGGCGGGGGCGAAGGGGAAGUAA